AUGCAGCUUAGGAAUAUUAAUGCCUCUAACACCGCUAUGUUGCCUUAUCCUGUAGAGGAGAAUAUUUGGCUAGGAGGGCCCCGGCCUGCAUGCGUUGCUUCAAUACCUGAUCAUGUAAACACUGCAGCAGCAGCAGCACCACCACCACCACCAGGAGAAGCAGGAGGAGGUGCCGAUACACCUGAAAGCCCUGAGAGGGAUCUAGCACGACUUCUGCCAUAUGUCCAGGUUCAAGCAGCAGCAGCAGCAGGCAACAUCUCCCCUCGUGACCAAGUUGCUCUGAUGCAGCGGUUGCUGCUUCUGCUGCUGCCUUUGCUGCAAGGCCAAGGGCCCUCAGACACCUUCCUUCGCUGCAUGUUCUUUAAGCAGCCCCUUCCCCCUAUACUGAGUGCCUAUAAAGCAGGACACUGGAAAUCAGCCUCACCAGCAGCAGCAGCAGCAGCAGCAGCAGCAGCAUCAACUGCUUCUGCUGCAGUAGCGACUGCUUCUGCACAGGGGAAAGCAGAUAAAGACGCAGCACAAACAUCUGGAAGGCCCCGCGGUGCAUCUGCAGCAGUAACACAAGGCCGUGUAACAAAAUCAACGAGAAUAGCAACAGCAGCAACGGCAGCAGGCUCCGUGCCUGUGUUUGCUUGUGCUGAUGAUGAUCCUCCUGCCUUAGCUCUGACGUCUCGCUUAGGUUUGCUGAGGUUGUUUUGUGCUGUAUACGCACGUCUCUGUAUUCGUUUGCAUGCGCUAGGUUGUUUUGGGGCUUUGGAGGGUUUAAUGUUUGCUGACGAAGCAGAGAUGAGCGCCGUAGACACCGCAUGGGACAUGUUGGUGCGGCUGGGGCCUAAGCCGCCGCAGCGGAGGCAGCAGCAGGGAGAAAGACUCUCGCAGCAGGAACUCAUAGAUACAAGAGAAGAAGAAUUUGCUGCUUGGGCUACAGACAGCUGGCCGCUGCUGCGCUUUGCUGCCGCUUCCUGCAGCUGA